AUGUACAACAGCGGCUGGAAUAAAUUAAUUAAAAGUAACGACUGUUAUAAAUAUGAACCUAAAGUUAAGAAAGAGCAUUGUACAGCCAGACUCAGUUUUAUACAAAUGUCUUUUGAUUAUGCGGAAGAAUGCCUAAUCGUAGUAGACACCAAAGGAUACUUACAUUACAUCGAAUUGUCCGGAGAUGUUCCGUGUUACAAAAUAUUGGGAAAAAUCGGACGAACCACCUUUUUGGUAUUUAUUCCUACGUGCACGGAGGAAAUAAUGAUAGGAUUCGAUACUGGUAACAUACAGAUCGGAAAGCUUUAUGCUGACAUCAAUGAGCUUUGUUUGUUGUCUGGUCACAAACUAGCACCGACACACGUUUCCUUUUACAAACAUUAUUGUCUAACAAACUCUCGAAACGAAGUAAUAAUAUGGGAUUUGAGAUCUUACAGCAUAGCUCAUCAACUAAAAGUUAGGGUACAGAACGCUAUCAAGAAAGCUGCCUUCUCAAAUGUGGGCCACAUCGUAGUGUUGUAUCACAAUGAUACUAUACAGGCUUGGACAUUAAAACAAUUGCAUAAGGAUACUAAAAUUGACACCAAGAUAUUUGGAAUACAUUAUAUCAAAGAUUUUAUCUUUACAAAAGAUGGAAGAGCCAUGAUAAUGGGUGGUACAAGAAACAUAAGCAUUCUUAAUACAUACGAUUGGAGUUUAUUAAAAAAACUAUGUUUACCUAAUAAUUUUAUUGAAGCAAAACAGUUAUCAGUCAUUCCAUGUCCACUAGACGGUGGAGCAAAUAAGAUACUUGCAUUUCUAUCCUCGAAAUGUGCUCUUCAAUUUUGUGAUAUAAAUGCAUCAUCUUUUCUCGAGAUACCUAUCUCAAAUUCAAUCCCUAGGGUUAAAAAAUUUGCAAUUUCAUCUGCCGGUAGAUAUAUAGCGUACAUAGAUCAGGAAGGAUGUUUAAACAUAAUGCAUACAGACAAAUUAAUUUCGAUAAAAUAUCUUCAACCCAACAGGUUAUUAAAACCAUCUAGAGUACAUGCGCACAGAAUAAGUGAUCAUUUGGAGUGCGUUAGAGAGAGCAUGAAACAAGAAUUAAAUAUGAAGCGAUUAAUGUCUAUUUUGAAAGAAUUUGGCGAAUAUCCAGAAAAACAUCGUAUAUUAAUUUGGUCUAGUAUUUUAAAAUUACCAGCUAAUAAAAAUGCGUAUAUUGCCUUGGCAAGUAAGGUAACACGUAGAAAACUUGCAUUAAAUUCUUUAACAACAUUUCCCUUGGCAAAUAAAAGCAAAGCGUCAUUAUUGGCCAUGACAAUAAAUUGUUUGCUGCAAUGGUGUCCUCUGUUAAUACAUAGUCCGUUUUUGCCCAAUUUAAUUUUUCCAUUUCUCAUGGUAUUUCAGAAAAAUCCCUUACUUGCCUUUGAGUUGAUUUUAAGUAUACUAUUAAACUAUUGCCAAAAAUGGUUUGAAUACCAUCCCUUGCCACCAUUGAAUAUUUUGGGGAUUAUCGAGAAUGUUCUCUUAGAAGUUGACCCCACAUUGUUGAAUGUCUUUUGCGAACAUGGAAUCACAAGUAGUGAAUAUGCAUGGCCGUUACUUCAAACUGCGAUGAGCGAAGUAUUGUCUGGAGACGAGUGGCUAAUUUUGUGGGAUCAUCUGAUAUCUUUUCAGAAACCUUCUUUGCUAUUGAUGUGUGUUAUUGCAUAUAAUAUUCUUUCGAGAGAAAAUAUAAUUUCUUUAAUAAAAUCAUCAAGAGAUAUCAAAGCGAUUUACAGCACUCAAAGUCAUAUUAGAGCCAAAGAUUUGUUAAAGAUUGCAAGAAAAUUAGAUCAGGAGAUAUCUGAACGAAUGCAUCCAAAUUGUUAUCUGAGAGAUAGACUAUUGCAAUUACACGAUAAUGGACCUUAUCCUUUGUUCAUAUCAAAGGAAUAUCCAAAAUUUCUUACUGAAAGUUUCAGCAUUGCAGAUUUAGAAAAAUUAAAGAUGCAAGAAGAAAAUUUGCAAGAUUAUAAUCAUAGGCUUGCUGAUUCUGAGAAGAGAAAAUUACGUGCUGAGACCGAGGCUUUUGCGAGACAAAUUCAUGAAACGAGAAUAAAUGAGGUACAAAAAUGCUUUCAAGAACAUUUUAAUAAUUUAAAUUGGAAAGUACAGACAUUGCUAUCAAAUAGAGAAAAAGGAAAAUUCUGUUGUCACUCGUAUAAAGAUCUCGAUUCACUAUAUGAAAGAAAGCAAGAAUAUAAUAAAUGCAAAACUGUAGAAGAUGCAGUUUCGAAUUUUGAAGAUGCUAAUUCAAGAAAUUAUAAAAAGUUACAACAAGAUGUAACGAAGCUCGAGUAUGAAGUACAAAGUUUCUUGAAUUCACUCUGAUUUCAUAAAUCAAAAAUGGAUAUUAGAAUAUAUUUUUGCGAUGCAAAAAUUUCAAAGUUUACAGGCAAAAUAAAAUAAUAUUUUAAUUAUUGCAUAAUAGAAAUAUUUUGAACAAGAAAUCAAAGAUAAUCCAUCAAAUAACGAGUAAAUUAAGUUGUUGAAAAAACAUAAGGUUUAAUCUCGCUUAAACGAAUACAUGUUUCAACUCUGUUAGAGUCUUUUAUUACAUUUUGAUUUAUAUUUUUUCUUCUCGAAAAUUAUUUUUAUAUUUUAUACAAAUCAUUAUCUUUACAUCUUUUUAUUUUAUAUAAAAUAUAAAAAAAUUGUAUACGCAUUGAUGUAUAUAAUUGUACACAUUAUGUGUGCAUAUAUGUAUAGAAAAAUAUCUAUUAUUUUAAUGUGACAAGACUAUAAUACAAUGUAUCUUAUUGCAUUGUUACAAGUAUAAGAUUUUACAUUUGGUUAUCUAUAGAUUGAAUAUUUGUACUUGUUUUAAAACAAAUUUUACUAAUUAUCUGUUAACAAUCGUAUUGUAUAAAAGAAUGAACCGGAACGCCCAGCUUAUCUCGACCUUUUAACAAAGUCAAUUCCAUUAUCACCAAGCAUUCAAUUACAUUAGUACCUACUGAUUUUAAUAAUUUCACUGCUGUAGCCAAGGAACCUUCAAAUAAGAUUUUUUAUUAUUAUUAUUAUUAUUAUUACUCUUAUCAAUGUACUCUAAACUAUAUUAUAGCCAUUUUUAUUUA